ACAACUGUCUCUUUUAUUUUUUCAACAUUUAAAAUAAAUUUGACCUCUUCAAUAUGAAAAAAACAUGUCAUAUGUGCCAUCUGUAUACCUUUCCGAAUAGUUAGAACUUAAAAUGCAAAUCACCCGAACUGGGCCCAGUUUUUUUAAUACAAAUUACAUUAAGUUUUUUAUAUACAUUUAUUUAGCAUUUGUUAUCAAUUUCUAUUAAAAAAAGUGCAGUCAAGUUAUAUCUAGAUAUCUAACAGUUAUGACCGCGCAGCUCAUUAAGGGGAACCACUGUGCACUGGUGUAUGUUCGGCUACUGGCGUAUUCACCCUAUAUUUGAAUACCUUUUCCAAAUUUUAUAUUACACGACUUUUAUGACUCACUGUAUUCAUAAUUUACCAUUGGCUUUGCUAUCUCGGUAAGGAACGCUUGCGUACAAACAAAAACCGGCCCGUUGUAAGCCGGUAUCUAAAGGCCCCAAUUAUACCGUUACAAUAGAAACGAAAAACCGACGGUCGGGACAAGAGUGUCUGAGUCGCAGUGGCAGUUACGAGCACGUGGUCGGCAUGGACGACAAUUUUGCCCGCCAAUGAACGAUUAAUUUGAAUUUCCGGAACUAAAAAGCGCCGAAAAAAAUGACGAAAAAAGUCGGGUCUAAGGAAAACUCUUCUUCCGGCGAAGAAGAGUUCAAAAUGAAGAAAGAACUGACGUUGUUGGACGGUGUCGCGAUUAUAGUGGGUGUUAUAGUAGGAUCGGGAAUUUUUGUGUCUCCUAAGGGAGUACUGAAGUACUCUGGAUCAGUGGGAAUGGCUAUAAUUGUGUGGGUAUUGUCGGGGAUAUUGUCGAUGCUGGGCGCUCUCUGCUAUGCAGAACUAGGUACUAUGAUACCUAAAUCUGGGGGAGAUUAUGCCUAUAUUAGUGAAGCUUUUGGCCCUUUGCCAGCUUUCCUGUAUCUAUGGGUGGCCCUUUUUAUUCUGGUACCUACUGGAAAUGCCAUAACAUCGAUGACAUUUGCUCAGUACAUUCUUCAGCCGUUCUGGGGUGAUUGUCCUGCUCCAGUAGAAGCUGUCACUCUCGUAGCCGCAGCCACAAUAUGUGGCUUGACUGCUAUCAAUUGUUACAAUGUAAAAUGGGUGACUCGUGUAACGGAUACCUUUACUGCCACAAAAAUAUUUGCCCUUUUGAUAAUCGUUGCUGCAGGAGCCUAUCAUCUAUUUACGGGACACUCUGAAAAUUUCGACGCGCCCAUGGAGGGCACCAAAAUGGACCCGGGAUUCAUAGCUCUAGCUUUUUACAGCGGCCUAUUCUCGUACUCCGGAUGGAAUUACCUCAAUUAUGUUACGGAGGAACUUCAAGAUCCUUACAAGAACCUUCCACGGGCCAUCUGCAUCUCUAUGCCUUUAGUUACCGGUAUCUACGUCGUUACCAACAUAGCCUACUUCGUCGUGUUGAGUCCCUACGACAUCCUAGCUUCGAAUGCUGUAGCCAUGACGUUCGGCGACAAGAUGCUGGGCUUUGUGUCGUUUGUUAUGCCCGUGUUUGUAGCCUGCGCCACUUUUGGUUCGCUGAACGGUGCAAUAUUUGCUUCUGCGAGGCUCUUUUUCGUUGGGGCUAGAGCGGGCCAUUUGCCUCGAGCCAUCGCUCUCAUUGAUGUUAAAAGACUGACACCUGUGCCGUCACUCAUUUUUAUGUGUAUCAUCACCUUAGCCCAACUGCUGGUCGCUGACGUCUACGUCCUCAUAAACUACGUUCAGUUUGUCGAAGCCCUUUUUAUAACCAUCAGCGUAUUAGGCCUGCUUUACAUGCGUUACACGAGACCCGACGCCAACCGACCAAUCAAAGUCAAUAUGACCUUGCCGUGCAUUUUCUUCGUCAUAUGUACCUUCUUAGUGAUAUUUCCGUGUUACGCCAGUCCGGUUGAGGUAGGCGUUGGACUGGCAUUUGUUAUACUGGGCAUACCUGUGUAUUACAUAACAAUCGGAUGGAAACACAAACCCAGGUGGUUGCAGGACUUUUUCGAUAAUUUUAACAAUUGGUGUGCGAAGUUGUUCAUGUGCGUGCCCGAACAAGUAUCCGAUAAAGAACUGUGAUGUUUGAAUCGUGAAGAUCUAUUGUAGGGAAUUAUUUUUUAGAUUUUUUUAUUAAUGCAGGGUAAGAUUGUGCGAUGAAAACGAGAAUGACGCUUAUAUUAAAAGUGAUUGUUUUACAAUAUGACUUAAAGAAUAGACGUUUGGACGAAAUAAAUUUUAUAUUUGAACAUAUUUUCAAUUUUAAAAAUAUUAUAAUUUGUUUGUGAAGACUUAAGUUUAUUUUAUUAUACAGUAUGGGCCAAUGUAUCCUAAAAUGCUUAGUUUCGGAGAUACAGGGUGUAGAAAUUUCAUUAUUUUGAUUUUUUUCCAAAUAAUUUCUUAAGUAACGUCAAUAUAUGGAUGAAAAUUGGUGUCUGGGAGUUUUUUGAUAUGAGAAAUUUGAUUUUGAUGUCAAUAUGACCCCUACUUGUAGACGGCGCCAUCUACAUAUUUUUAACUGGUUUGAAGAAUAAUAAUUUUUCGUCUGUCCCUGUAUAAAACUACUGAGUAAAAAAAUAUACAUUUACGACGUUUUUUACGUAAAAAAGGUCUCUUUAUAAAAAUCGCUACGUGUAAUGGUUCCCGAGAUAUUUGGAACUGAAAUUAUCAAUACCGGUCAUCAUUGACAUAAAUUAUAUAUGUUGACAAAAUAGUUUAGACUGCAAUCAUAAAUUUGAAAUGAUUUUGUAUCAAAAGUUCAACAGAAACUGUUUUAUCGUCAUUUUUGCGAAGAAAAAUUUAUGAUUAAUUUAAAAAAAUAAAAAGUGCCCAAAUUUGUAAUUUCAGUGAAAUGACUAUCUACUCAACAUACCGGGUUAACUUACCGUCUCGAAAGUGGCUCACCCCUAUAAAUUUUAUUUUUUCAGAUAAAAAAGGAGUUUAGGUAUGUUAGUGUCAUAAAUUAGGAUUGAUUAACGUAUUCAAUUAUUUUCAGUCACUUCUUUUUUCACCGGAAAUAACUACAACUUUUGGUUUUUAAA